CAAGAGAGAAGUCCUUUUCCUUCUCUUCACCUUUGUUUCACACAACUACAAGACUUAAAACACCAACACUUGGUGUAAAGUCCAUUUUGAUCUCAUCUAUAUUUCCUUCAAAAACAAGAGGGAGCUUGAGAUUUUCCUGUGACCAUUUUCUGAGCAUUCUGCAUUCCUGGUUCUUCCUCCAAGCUCAGCCCAACACAAGACAUUCAUUGCUAGUUUGCUACCAAAAUUCAUUUGAAAAUCAUUUCUGUUCACCCUGCGUCACACUCACACUCACCCUCUCCCUCAUAAUAAAGUCACAAGAACCGUUAUUAGUGCCUGUAACUCUCAGGCAGAGAAGGAAGAACUUCUGGUCAGAUUUGCAUUCAAGGGAUGGUUAGAGCUGCAUUUGCUUUUCUCUAUUGUUGAAAGUACUUUUCUAAAAUUCCUUUUCUUGUAAGGUUUAAUAAUUCAAUUCCUAAAACCCCAAUAUCGUUUUCUUGGAUUAUCUUAAGGAAAUCCAAUCCAACCCUAAAGCCACACUAUUUUAUUGACCACCCAAAUGUUGUUGAAAUUUCACGCUUCUUUAACAUAACUGUUCCGCUUUAUUUCACCCAAAGUCUCUUUAGUUUUGUGUAAUUUAGAUCCAAAACCCAUCAACCCAUCUCUUAAAAUUUUCUGAGAAAAAAAUGUCAAGGUCCAAUUUAAAUACACCUUUAAUAUCUCCAUCACUAUCAUCACCAAAGCUCCCUGAUUUCAAACAAUCUGUGAAAUUGAAGUAUGUAAAGCUUGGUUACCAUUACCUCAUCACUCAUGGAAUGUACUUGUUCCUAACCCCUCUUUUUGUUCUCACUGCUGCACAACUCUCCACAUUCUCACUCCAAGACCUCCAUGACCUUUGGGAUCAUUUGAGGUUCAAUCUCAUAUCCGUUCUGCUCUGCUCAACUCUCUUGGUCUUCUUGUCCACCCUUUACUUCCUCACUCGUCCCCGCCCCGUUUACCUUAUUGAUUUCUCAUGCUACAAGCCCGAAGAUGCUCAAAAAACCACUAGGCACGUGUUCAUGAAUUGCUCACAUUCCAUAGGAACAUUCACUGGGGAGAAUCUUGAGUUUCAGCGCAAAAUUAUUGAGAGGUCAGGUCUUGGGGAGUCUACAUAUCUCCCUGAAGCUGUUAUAAGGGUGCCUCCUAAUCCAUGUAUGGCAGAGGCAAGAAAAGAAGCUGAGAUGGUAAUGUAUGGUGCCCUUGAUCAGCUGUUUGAGAAAACUUUUAUAAAACCAAAGGACAUUGGCAUUUUGAUUGUGAAUUGUAGCUUGUUCAAUCCAACACCAUCUUUGUCAGCUAUGGUGAUCAAUCAUUAUAAGCUACGAGGGAAUGUUAUUAGUUACAAUCUUGGUGGGAUGGGAUGUAGUGCUGGUUUGAUCUCAAUUGAUCUUGCUAAAGAUCUUCUUCAAGUCCACCCGAAUACCUAUGCUUUGGUCAUUAGUAUGGAGAACAUCACUUUGAAUUGGUAUUUUGGGAAUGACAGGUCAAUGCUUGUGUCAAACUGCUUGUUUCGAAUGGGGGGAGCUGCAAUUUUGCUUUCGAACAAUAGGUCUGAUAGGCGUCGAUCUAAGUACCAGUUAGUCCAUACUGUUCGAACACAUAAAGGUGCUGAUGACAAGUGUUUCUCUUGUGUUACUCAAAAGGAGGAUCCUGCAGGGAAAAUCGGUGUUUCUUUGUCAAAAGAUCUUAUGGCAGUAGCUGGGGAUGCUUUGAAGACCAACAUUACAACUUUGGGUCCUUUGGUGUUACCUAUGUCUGAACAGUUGCUCUUCUUUGCUACACUUGUUGGAAGAAAGCUUUUCAAGAUGAAGGUGAAGCCUUACAUCCCAGAUUUCAAAUUGGCUUUCGAACAUUUCUGCAUUCAUGCUGGAGGAAGAGCUGUGCUGGAUGAAUUGGAACAGAACUUGCAGCUUUCGGACAGACAUAUGGAGCCUUCAAGGAUGACCCUAUACAGAUUCGGCAACACCUCAAGCAGCUCUCUUUGGUAUGAACUGGCUUAUACAGAAGCCAAGGGAAGGAUGAAGAAAGGUGACAGAACGUGGCAGAUAGCUUUCGGGUCUGGCUUCAAGUGUAAUAGCGCGGUUUGGAAGGCUUUGAGGACUGUGAAUCCAGUAAAGGAGAAGAACCCGUGGAUGGAUGAGAUCGACAUGUUCCCGGUGGAUGUUCCAAAGGUCUCAGCCCUCUAAACUCAUAUGGCAGUUUCCCAUUCCUUCUAGGUGUGUUGGGGAAAGUUGGUUUUCUCUUUUAGUCGUAAAUCUUCUUGUUUGUGCUUGAAUAGUCUCUGUAGCGUUUGAUUUACAAUCUGUCAUGGCUAGUUCUCUUGACAAUGUCAGAGUGGUUUAUGUUGUUAUUUCCUGGGUGAUCCAUGAUUCACAAUCGAUCAUUAGUAAUCGGUGUUUCUUGGAUUCUGCCUACUUUUUUC